AGCAGACAGCAGACCUACGCUGAUUCAUAAUCAUUACAUCGUAAUUUUAUCUAACUUAUUUACAGUGUUCUGCAUUAGAAAAAUGAUCAUCACUCUCAAAACUUUGUCUAUAUUAGUCAUUCCGCGGUCUCGGACAGGUACACGAUAAGUUUCUUCUUGUGCGAUUCCAAAUUGAUGAGUGCUUAGGAGUGAAUAUUUAUAUUUUUGGAAUUAUUUUUAGAGCUAAAAUCUCAGGCGAGUAUUCAUAUUAAUCAAAAGAACAAAAAACUGGUAAAAUGGAUAGGAAAAAGACCAAAACAAAAAUUCAUCCCGAGUUAAAUUCAAAUUUUCUAUCAAAACUCUUUUUUUGUUGGACUCUUCCACUGUUCCGUAAAGGACUUAAAAAGGAACUAUCCGAGGAAGAUAUUUACCCGACGUUAGAAAAAUUUGACUCCCAUAAAUUGGCAGAUCGGUUAGAAAAAGCCUGGAACCAGCAACGAAAAGCAGGCGCUAAACCUUCUUUGUGGAAGGCAGUGUGGCAGAUUUUUAAAUGGGAUAUACUUCAGUGUAUGGCCGUACAUGCUUUCUUAAAUUUAUUUAUAAGAAUUGUCAAACCAGUGGCGUUAGGAAAACUUAUGGGUUACUAUUCCUUGAAUGAAACAAAAUCUUCCACAGAUUACAGCGUUAUUUACGCCACGGUUAUAAUUGUGGCGACAUUUGCGGACGCAAUUUUGUUUACUUUGUACAUGAUGCAGUACUUAUCAGUGGCACUAAAAGUCAAAGUAGCUUGCACGGCUUUAAUUUUUCGAAAAAAUUUACAACUGAGAAAUGGAGAAGCUUCUGUAGGUCACAUUGUUAACUUGCUGUCGAAUGAUUUGGGUCAGUUAACAAAUUUUUGGCGUUAUUGUCAUUCCGUUUGGGCUUCGCCUCUACAAGCUGCUAUUGUACUUUACCUCAUUUACUUAAUGUCUGGACCUACGGCUUUAGUUGGAGUUGGUUUCGUGAUAAUUAUCAUUCCUCUACAGUUGUCCAUAAGCAAAAUAGCCGCAGCAUUCAAACUAAAAUCAGCUCUGAAAACUGACGAAAGGAUUCGGCACAUGAAUGAAGUAAUUUCGGGAAUACAAGUUAUUAAAGUUUACACGUGGGAACAACCAUUUAUUAAGUUGAUACAGUUAAUCAGAAGACAAGAAAUGAGAUUGAUAAAAAUUGUCAACUACGUAGAGGCACUGUUGACUUCGUUUUCGUACUUUGUCAACCGCACUGCAGUUUUCUUUUGUAUCUUGACAUAUGUGCUAACAGGAAAUACGCCGAAUGCUGAAUAUGUUUAUGUUGUGUUUUCAUUUUACGCAAUUUUGAUGUCAACGUUAUCAAUGGCGUUACCGAUAGCAGUGUCUGACAUUUUAAAGACUAAUGUCUCUGUGAAGCGAAUAGAGAACUUUUUAAAUUUAGAGGAGAUUCAAAGAAAAACUGAACCCCUUAACCAAAUUGGAAUCAAAAUUGAAAACGCAACUGCCAAAUGGUCAAAAGAUUCACAAGACAAUACAACCUUGCAAGAUAUCAGUUUUAACGCUUUUCCUCAGCAAACAGUUGCGAUAGUGGGCUCCGUGGGUUCGGGUAAAUCCAGUUUAUUACAACUAUGUCUCGGAGAAAUUUCUUUGCUUGAUGGUUCUGUACAAAUCGGUGGUAAAAUUUCUUACGCUAACCAAGAGUCUUGGUUAUUUGGUGGCACUGUCAAAGACAACAUAUUAUUUGGCCAACCCAUGGCUCCCGAUAGAUAUGAUGAAGUUAUCAGAAUAUGUGCCUUAGUUGAUGAUUUGAGCCAUUUUCCUCACGGAGAUAACAGUAUUGUUGGUGAACGUGGCAUUCUUUUGAGUGGUGGCCAGAAAGCAAGGAUAAACCUUGCAAGGGCACUCUACCGAGAAGCAGAUAUUUAUCUGCUUGAUGAUCCAUUAUCAGCAGUUGAUGCUAAGGUUGGAAAACAAAUUUUCAACAACUGUAUCAAUGGUUAUCUGAAGAACAAAUGUACAGUGCUAGUGACGCAUCAAAUUCAGUACCUGACUUUAGUAGAUACCAUCUAUUUGUUGUCAGAAGGACGCAUAAUAUCGUCUGGCAGUUACAAAGAUCUCCAAGAGUCGCUAACUGAUUUCGGUAGAUUUUUGGUAAAUAGUGAUGAAAAUGAAGAACACGAUGAAAAUUUGGAACAAAAAUCUGUAAAUAAAGACUGUAGAAAGGAAAACGAGAAUGAAGAAAGUAGAGCUUCCGGAAAGGUUGCUAGAAAAGUUUACACAACUUACUUACGUUCUUUGGGGUCAUGUUGCACUGUUUUUAUAGUUUUUGUGAUGUGUAUUUUGACCGAAUCUUGUGCCACUGGCGCAGAUUACUUUAGCACAUUUUGGGUUAAUCUAGAGCAAAAGCGGGUUAUGCCCAACGUAACAAUGACCACUAUUGAAAGUUUGUUUUUGACGAAGGAAACAUGUAUUUAUUUUUAUUCUUCUUUGAUUGGGGUUUUAAUAAUAUUAACUGCGGUCCGCACACUGUCAUUUAUUAAAAGUUGCGUGAACGCUUCGAUUCGUCUGCAUGAUAAAAUGUUUGCAAAAAUUAUAAACGCUUCUAUGAACUUCUUCUACAGAAAUUCUUCAGGAAGAGUAUUAAAUCGUUUUUCAAAAGACAUUGGAAAUGUAGACCAAGAACUUCCAAUAGUGUUAAUGUAUGCAGUUGAAAUGACUUUGGAAGUUUGUGCGUCCGUUAUAGCAAUCUGUGUAAUAAAUCCUGUAACCCUACUGCCAACACUUGUGAUAUUCGUUAUUAUGUAUUUUAUUAGAAAGGUCUAUUUGGCAAGUAGUUUAAGUAUAAAGCGAAUGGAGGCUACGCGUAACAGUCCAAUUUUUGCCCAUUUGUCGGAAUCUGCCAGAGGCCUUACGACAAUAAGGGCACUUGAAGCUAACCGCAUUGUUGAAGCGGAAUUUAAUAAUCUACAAAAUGCACAUACUUCAGUGCAUUACAUGAACAUUUGCGCUAAUAGAGCUUUUGCUAUAUGGCUUGACAGUACUUGCAUACUUUACCUUUUGAUUGUCACUGUGUUUGCUCUAAUGUGGGAAACGUAUGGUGGCAAUGUUGGGUUUAUUCUAACACGAGCAAUGGGUUUAACUGGUUUGUUCCAAUGGGCAAUAAGAAUGUGGAGCGUACUGGAAAUGCAAAUGUCUUCCGUUGAAAGAGUUGUCGAGUAUACACAAAUUGAACAGGAAAACGACAACAAAAAGAAAAUUCCUUCAAGUUUGUGGCCUGAUUCGGGAAAAAUUGAAUUUCAGUCUGUCUAUAUGCAAUAUUCCACGCACAGUCCUUAUAUUCUCAAGAAACUGAAUUUUUUGGUGAAACCUAGGGAAAAAAUUGGAAUCGUGGGUCGAACUGGAGCUGGCAAAUCGUCUCUGAUUCCAGUAUUAUUCCGCUUAGUCAAUUUUGAAGGCCACGUUUUUAUUGACGACGUUGACACCAAAGAAAUUUCAUUAUCCUCCUUGAGAUCAAAAAUUUCGAUAAUUCCGCAAGAUCCUGUUCUGUUCGCAGGAUCGGUACGAAAAAAUUUAGAUCCUUUCGACCGCUACACGGAUAGUGAAAUCUGGGACGUUCUGGAAGAAGUGCAAUUGAAAGACUUUGUCAGCAGUUUGCCUUCAGGGAUAUUCAGCGAACUGUCAGAAGGUGGUUCCAAUUUCAGUGUUGGUCAAAAGCAGUUGAUUUGUUUAGCAAGAGCUUUGUUGCGGAGGAAUAAAAUUUUAAUUCUUGACGAAGCUACUGCCAACGUUGACCCUCAAACCGAUGAGCUUUUACAGAAGACUAUCAGAAAGAAUUUUGAAGAUUGUACAGUUUUAACUAUCGCUCAUCGUUUGCACACGAUUAUGGAUUCUGAUAGGGUCAUGGUCAUGGAUGGGGGAAUAGUUACUGAAUUUGAUCACCCAGAUCUGUUACUAAAAAAUGAGGGAGUUUUUUAUACUUUAGUUAUGGAAACUGGGAAAAGUUUAGGGAAAAAACUUAAUUGAAGUGCCAGUAAAUUUCCAAUGUGUUUUAUAAAACAUUUUCUUUUAAUCUAAAAUUUUAUAUGAAGUCUAGUUGUUGCUUCUGACAAUAAAUUGUACUUUAUUAUUGAACCCAUUUUGUAUUCUGAAUUCUAAUAAAUCGUAAGUCACAUUG